AUUGUUGCAGAUGCAAGCUUUAUCAUUGAUCGUGUCCGGUUGGCCUCACAUUGUGGUUUCGAUGGCAGAGGUGUCGUCUUCUUGCCAGAUUUAAUGUUCCUCAGGUGAUCAAUCAGUUCCUUUCUCCCCUAUAAAUUGUCUCCUUGGUUUUUGCUUUGCAUUGGUUUCAAGGAUGGGUAGCUUCUGUUUCGUAGAAGGUCAACUCUUCAAUCGAUAUUUGACCCUGGGCAUGUCGUUCUGACUAAAAAAUGCGAUCUUUGACCGGUCAGGGCAUUGCUUUGAGCCUAAUCUCAGGUUGCUUGUUCUUGGCUCUCGUUGCAGAGCUGUCCUAUUUAUUUUGGUGGAAGACGAGAACUAACAGGGCCAGAGAGCUGCUUCAUCUUUUCUGCUGGAGGAAGCCAUCGUUUCCCGGUUCCACACAAGUCAACCCCCGAGAGAUCUCCGCCACAGUGGAUGUAGCUGCUUCCUCCGAGGAGGGACAACUGCAGCUGCAGCACCAUUCGAGCUCUAGCAGGGCCAGAGAGCUGCUUCAUCUUUUCUGCUGGAGGAAGCCAUCUUUUCCCGGUUCCACAGAAGUCAACCCCCAAGAGAUCUCCGCCACAGUGGAUGUAGCUGCUUGCUCCGAGGAGGGACAACUGCAGCUGCAGCUCCACUCGAGCUCUAGCAGGGCGAGAGAGCUGCUUCAUCUCUUCUGCUGGAGGAAGCCAUCUUUUCCCGGUUCCACAGAAGUCAACCCCCAAGAGAUCUCCGCCACAGUGGAUGUAGCUGCUUCCUCCGAGGAGGGACAACUGCAGCUGCAGCACCACUCGAGCUCUUGCAGGGCCAGAGAGCUGCUUCAUCUCUUCUGCUGGAGGAAGCCAUCUUUUCCCGGUUCCACAGAAGUCAACCCCCAAGAGAUCUCCGCCACAGUGGAUGUAGCUGCUUGCUCCGAGGAGGGACAACUGCAGCUGCAGCUCCACUCGAGCUCUAGCAGGGCUAGAGAGCUGCUUCAUCUCUUCUGCUGGAGGAAGCCAUCUUUUCCCGGUUCCACAGAAGUCAACCCCCAAGAGAUCUCCGCCACAGUGGAUGUAGCUGCUUGCUCCGAGGAGGGACAACUGCAGCUGCAGCUCCACUCGAGCUCUAGCAGGGCCAGAGAGCUGCUUCAUCUCUUCUGCUGGAGGAAGCCAUCUGUUCCAAGUUCCACUGAAGUCAACCCCCAAGAGAUCUCCGCCACAGUGGACGUAGCUGCUUGCUCCGAGGAGGGACAACUGCGGCUCCAGUCGAGCUCUAGCAAUGGAGAUGAUGACACUGUGGAGGCUGAGCUCAGGAGGCUCCAUAGCCUUGCAGGCCCUCCGAGGUUUCUCUUCACCAUUAACGAGGAGAGCAAGGAGGAUUUGGAGUCAGAGGAUGUAAGGUCCGGAUGCAAAAAGAGCUGGAGUGAUUCGUUCGAUCGUUCAGACACCCCAUACUUGACCCCUCUCUCUUCCCCUCCUUUCUUGACUCCACCUCUCACUCCUUUAGCUCGCUUCAAACACAGUGCUUUCAACCCCCUCUUUGAAUCCUCAAAAGAAGAAGACUUCUUCAGGAUCUGAUCCUGGUGCUGCAGGCAAUAACCACACUGGAGCAAGUUCCAAGAUUUAUGAGUUUGCUCGAGGAUCUGCUGCUUCAUUCUGAGCAAGAACUUUCUCUGCCCGGUUUUUGUUCUGAGUCUGGACAACAAGGAGAUUCUCGGAACAGCUUUUCUGAUCAUGUCUCAACAGGCAUAACUCAUACAUUUGAGCCAUGAACGCACCACAAAAAUGCAAAGCUCGUCUUAGAACAUCCCCAAAGCUAUGAUGCUUCAACUCCCAGUCAAACAGCAAGAACAGGCUCUCUGGGCCAUUCUGGUUUCCCUAAAGCAGAGAGGUCACAUCAGAGACAAAAUCCAAUGGAAUCCCAUGCCAACUUUAAUCCUCUACCUUUUGCUUUAACCAAAACACUUGUGGUUGGUCCAGAAAAAGAAGACUUGGAUUAGCCUUAUAUAUAUAUAUAUAUACACUAAAGGACCUCUUAAUUUGAUGAGUCUGAACUAUCAAUACAAAAUGGUGAGGUCCAAGUUAAUGUUUACAAUGUUUACUACUGAAGGCCUUGAUGUUCAUAUUGUAUAUAUCUAAUUUGAACGGGUAAAAGAUAGAAGAUAUGGAACUCAUCAUCCCAAAUGGAAUAAAGUUUGACCUAAUCAUGCAACAACAUGUAAUGUAAUGGAGGAUGGCAUGGUCUCUACCUUUGACUAGUUAAGCCAAGUUUUAUACUUGAUGCCCACUUGUUUAGCUUUUGGGUGAGGCAAAUGGCGUGAGGAAUGUGAGCUUCUUUUCAUGUGUAUCCAUCAACCUAAGAAAUCAUUCUAUCUCUUCUUUUUCUUCUAA